UUUUGGUUAAGAUAAUAAUAAUUUAGAGGGGUCGGGUGCUUAAUUUGUUAACAGCUGGCCACUGAGCUUCUGCUCUUUGCCCAACACGUCGUCGAUGGCCCGAGUCUCUCACUUCUGUCUCGCUCCUCUUCCUCCUACAGCUUCUUCUGCUCCUUGUCUGCAUCUUCACGGACGAAUUUAUUUUCCGCCUUCUUCAAUUAGAGCUUCUUCUUCGUCGUCGUCUUCGUCUUCUUUUUCCAGUUUGAAGCCGAAAGUUGUGGUCACCAGAGAACGUGGCAAAAACGGCAAGCUCAUUAACGCUCUGGCCAAACAUGGGAUCAAUUGCCUGGAGCUUCCUCUGAUCCAGCAUACUCGGGGACCUGAUUCGGAUAAACUCCCUUCUGUACUAAGUACAGAUACUUCAUUCGACUGGAUUGUUAUAACCUCCCCUGAAGCUGGCUCUGUGUUUCUAGAGGCAUGGAAGGCAGCUGGAUCCCCAAAUGUUAAUAUUGGGGUUGUAGGAGCUGGUACGGCGAGCAUUUUUAAUGAAGUAAUGCAAUCAUCAGGGCAAGUUCUUGAUAUUUCCUUUACACCAUCUAAAGCUACAGGUAAGGUUUUGGCAUCUGAACUUCCGAAGAGUGAGAACAAAACAUGUACUGUGUUGUAUCCAGCUUCUGCCAAAGCAAGUAAUGAGAUUGAGGAAGGCCUGUCUAAUCGUGGAUUUGAGGUAGUAAGGCUAAACACAUACACAACAGUACCUGUUGAUCACGUUGACCAAAUGGUCUUGAAGCAGGCACUUUCUUGCCCUGUUGUUGCUGUCGCUUCUCCUUCUGCAGUUCGUGCCUGGGUCAACCUUAUUUCAGAAUCAGAGCAGUGGAACAAUUCAGUGGCAUGCAUUGGUGAGACAACUGCUUCAGCGGCAAGAAGGUUGGGCUUGAAAAAUGUAUACUUUCCAGUGCAUCCUAGUUUGGAAGGGUGGGUAGGUAGCAUCCUUGAAGCCUUGGAGGGAACAUCCACGCACGAUGAAUCCUAGAAGUUGAAGUUUCUCAGUUUGCAUCCACUCUCCGACAGGUUGACAAGGAGCCACAAGGCAUGAGAUUGAUGCACUUCCUGAAAAUGUUAAGCUCUGCAAAAAGUGGUUGCAUGGCACAGGAUGAAAUCAUUGCAAACAGCAAGCAGAUAGGGGCACAAUGUUUUAAUAUUAAGAGAGCUCGUGUUAGUAGGAGCUCUCUUUGAAGGUCAGUCUGAAAAUCGUUAAAGAUUGUUGCUGCAAAGAAAGCUAUUCUGAUGAAAUUGCUGGAAAGGAAGCCUCUCGACUUGUAGUAUAUAUUUAUUUAUUUAUUAUCAUUUUAGCUAGAAUUCCAUAUCAAUCAGUGUAUAUUUGUUAACACUUGCAAAAAGUUUCCACUCUUGAGCUGCUGAUUCCAAGUGAGAUUUUAAUAGGGUUGAGGUUAUGAACAUUGUUUUUGUUCACUUAUAUCCUUAUAAUAAAUAACAUCCCAUUGAAUAUUUCGAAGA